AUGGCUGAGACACCUUUUACGAUUUCCGUUCCAGAUGAAGAGCUCGCGCGGCUGCGUGCCAAGCUCGAGCUCACCACCCUUCCUAAUGAAGUCGAGGGCGCUGGCUGGGACUACGGCGCGCCCCUAUCCGACAUACGACGUCUCGUCGGGAAGUGGAAGAACGGGUACGACUGGCGCAAGCACGAGGCUGCGCUCAACGCCGAGCUGCCCCAGUUCACGCGCGACAUAGCCAUCGACGGGUUUGGGUCGCUCAAUAUCCACUAUGUGCACAAGAAGAGUGACUGCCCGGACGCCAUCCCGCUGCUGUUCGUCCAUGGCUGGCCUGGCUCCUUCAUUGAAGUCCGCAAGAUUCUCCCCCUCUUGACGGAGACUUCACCCGAGCACCCCAGUUUCCACGUUGUCGCCUUUAGUCUUCCUGGAUAUGGUUUCUCUGAACCUGUCCUGAAGCCCGGAUUCCAUGGCCCUCAAUAUGCUGAGCUGGGGAACAAGUUAAUGCUUUCCCUUGGAUACAACGAAUAUGUUGCUCAAGGCGGAGACUGGGGUUACUUGAUCACUCGCAAGAUUGCCGAAAUUUACGGCGGCAAGCACGCCAAGGCUUGGCACACUAACUUCCCUAUCGCUUCACCACCUUCGCCCGUCUGGAACCCAUUAUCCUUCCUAGGACUGAUCACGACUAUGUACCUGUCUGGUCCUAGUCAGGAGAAAGCAAAUCUUGAACGUGCCAAGUGGUUCCGCGAGAAUGGCUCCGGUUACUCCGCCGAACAGGGCACAUGCCCUCAAACCCUUGGAUACUCGCUCGCGGACAGUCCUGUCGGUCUGCUCUCAUGGAUUUACGAGAAACUGCACGUCUGGACCGAUAACUACCCUUGGACCGACGAUGAGGGUUCGUAG